UUUAAAGUAACUUAUGUUUGGAUCAUGAACUGGUGGGACAGAAGGUAAAAGGAGGGCGCACGAACACAGCAACUGACAUCCAUCCUCAGGCAAGGAGUAACUUUCGACAGAUCCAGGGAAAUAUCCUGGAGGAGGUGGCGUCCAAAUUGCCGGUGAUUGACGUGUAGGAGCUGGUUAGACAAAGGACGAUGGGUGUUUCCCGUACAGGACCUAGAGGCCACGAGGAGGCCACAGGUCUUCAGAACUUGGCGCGUCCAGCACAGGGGUAGGGGUUAUCGCAAUGAGGCUCACAACCAGCAAUAGCUGGUUUCGGAACCUCAGACUAGAAUGCGCCACCAUGAACCUCUCAGGAACUCGGGGUUUCCCUUUAACUUAAGGCGCCCACGCGCCCCAGUUGCUCCAGAAAACCUCCAGGGAGAGGGGGGAAUCCACAGAAGGUUGAUGACUGACAUUCCUGAGAGCCAAUUGCUGCUGCCCAAAGUGCUGCCUGCCUCCUUAUGGGCCAAUGGCCCCUCUUCUUCUAAGCCGGUCGCUUUAACAGGGUAGAGUAAGAGUCGCGAACGUCACCUUUGACUCAGCCAAUAGCAACGAGGGAGGAGCGGAUUAUCUUAGUGAUAGACAGCUCAGUUUCUAGACGUCCGCUUAGCGCGGAGCCCGCCGGGAAGCUCCAAGGCGGAGCUAGCCGGAAAGGGGCGGGACGAUCUGGUGGAUAUUACCCAAUCGCCACACGUGCUGGGCGAGACAGACAGACAGUUGUUCCCUUCCUAGCGGACAGGAGGGGGCGGGCCUUUAAACGCUAGGAGGGGUGGGCACUUUAUCUUUGAUAGAUGUGUCUGUCAUCCAAUUGAAAUGUGAAGCUGUCAGAUGGACGGCGUUACAGACCAAUGAGAACUUAUGGCGGGGUAUCGAGGGCUGGACUGUGGACCCUCUGGUAAAAGGCGGUCCCCGGUCGAGCGGGGGGGAGAAAAGAGAGAGGGGGGGUCUCGGAGGCCGUAGGACUCGGGUGAAGAUGGCGGCAGCCGAGGCCGCGAACUGCAUCAUGGAGAAUUUUGUAGCCACCUUGGCUAAUGGGAUGAGCCUCCAGCCGCCUCUUGAAGAAGUUUCCUGUGGCCAAGCAGAAAGUAGUGAGAAGCCCAAUGCUGAGGACAUGACAUCCAAAGACUACUACUUUGACUCCUAUGCCCACUUUGGCAUCCACGAGGAGAUGCUAAAGGAUGAGGUGCGAACCCUCACGUACCGCAACUCCAUGUUUCACAAUCGGCAUCUCUUCAAAGACAAGGUGGUGCUGGAUGUGGGCUCGGGCACUGGCAUCCUCUGCAUGUUCGCUGCCAAGGCAGGGGCCCGCAAGGUCAUUGGGAUCGAGUGCUCCAGUAUCUCUGAUUAUGCUGUGAAGAUUGUCAAAGCCAAUAAGUUAGACCACGUGGUGACCAUCAUCAAGGGCAAGGUGGAGGAGGUGGAGCUGCCUGUGGAGAAGGUGGACAUCAUCAUCAGCGAGUGGAUGGGUUAUUGCCUCUUCUAUGAGUCCAUGCUCAACACUGUGCUGCACGCUCGUGACAAGUGGCUGGCACCUGAUGGCCUCAUCUUCCCAGACCGAGCCACCCUGUAUGUGACAGCCAUUGAGGACCGACAGUAUAAAGACUACAAGAUCCACUGGUGGGAGAAUGUAUAUGGCUUUGAUAUGUCCUGCAUUAAAGACGUGGCCAUCAAGGAGCCCCUGGUGGACGUGGUGGACCCAAAGCAGCUGGUCACCAACGCCUGCCUCAUAAAGGAGGUGGACAUCUACACAGUCAAGGUGGAGGACCUGACCUUCACCUCCCCGUUUUGUCUGCAAGUGAAGAGGAAUGACUAUGUGCAUGCACUAGUGGCCUACUUCAACAUCGAGUUCACCCGAUGCCACAAGAGGACCGGCUUCUCUACCAGUCCUGAGUCUCCAUACACACAUUGGAAGCAGACUGUGUUCUACAUGGAGGACUACCUAACAGUGAAGACCGGCGAGGAGAUUUUUGGCACUAUUGGAAUGAGGCCCAACGCCAAAAACAAUCGUGACUUGGACUUUACCAUCGACCUGGACUUCAAGGGUCAGCUGUGUGAGCUCUCUUGUUCCACCGACUACCGGAUGCGCUGAGGAGGUGCCAGGCUGGCCCUCCUGCAAAAGGGGGCUCAGGGGCUGGGCUUGGGGGAUGGGAGGGUACAUCGUGGCAGUGUUUUUCAUAACUUAUGUUUUUAUAUGGUUGCGUUUAUGCCAAUAAAUCCUCAGCUGAC